AUGGCUAUGUUGUCUCUCCGUGGUUUCUCCAGCAUGGCAGCUUCAAGGUUUUUGGCGUUUGCAAUUUCAUUGGGAACCUGCAUGGAACUUCAAGAUAUAUGGAUUUUUGCAAGGGCUGGGGUACAGUCGGGACGAAUUGGGAACAAGGAGCUCGCCACGGAGAAGGAGGCGGAGGAGAGCCACCGGCAAGACAGCGUGAGCCUGCUCACCUUCAUCCUGCUGCUCACGCUCACCAUCCUCACCAUCUGGCUCUUCAAGCACCGCCGGGUGCGCUUUCUGCACGAGACGGGGCUGGCCAUGAUCUAUGGGCUCAUCGUUGGGGUGAUCCUGAGGUACGGCACCACUGCCACCAGCGGUCAUGACAAGUCACUCAGCUGUACUCAGGAAGACAGGGCCUUCAGCACCUUAUUAGUGAACGUCAGUGGGAAGUUCUUUGAAUACACCCUGAAAGGAGAAAUCAGCCCCGGCAAGGUCAACAGUGUAGAGCAGAAUGACAUGCUGAGGAAGGUAACGUUUGAUCCAGAGGUCUUUUUCAACAUCCUUCUGCCUCCAAUUAUUUUCCACGCUGGCUACAGUCUAAAGAAGAGACACUUUUUCAGAAAUCUUGGGUCUAUUCUGGCUUAUGCUUUCUUGGGGACUGCCGUUUCCUGCUUCAUUAUUGGAAACCUCAUGUACGGUGUGGUGAAGCUCAUGAAGAUUGUGGGGCAGCUCUCGGAUAAAUUUUACUACACAGAUUGUCUCUUCUUUGGAGCGAUUAUCUCUGCCACUGACCCAGUGACUGUACUGGCAAUAUUUAACGAAUUGCACGCAGACGUGGAUCUUUACGCACUUCUGUUUGGGGAAAGCGUCCUGAAUGAUGCUGUUGCCAUUGUCCUGUCCUCGUCUAUUGUUGCCUACCAGCCAGCGGGCCUGAACACUCAUGCCUUUGAUGCUGCUGCCUUUUUUAAAUCAGUGGGCAUUUUUCUAGGUAUAUUUAGUGGCUCUUUCACCAUGGGAGCUGUGACGGGCGUUGUGACUGCUCUAGUGACCAAGUUUACCAAGCUGCACUGCUUCCCUCUAUUGGAGACGGCACUCUUCUUCUUGAUGUCCUGGAGCACCUUCCUUUUGGCAGAAGCCUGUGGGUUCACAGGCGUUGUGGCUGUCCUUUUCUGCGGGAUCACACAGGCUCAUUACACCUACAACAAUCUGUCGGUGGAAUCAAGAAGUCGAACGAAGCAGCUCUUUGAGGUGUUACACUUCCUGGCAGAGAACUUCAUCUUCUCCUACAUGGGCCUGGCACUGUUUACCUUCCAGAAGCACGUUUUCAGCCCCGUGUUCAUCAUUGGAGCUUUUGUUGCCAUCUUCCUGGGCAGAGCUGCACACAUCUACCCGCUCUCCUUCUUCCUCAACUUGGGCAGAAGGCAUAAGAUUGGCUGGAACUUUCAACACAUGAUGAUGUUUUCAGGCCUCAGGGGGGCCAUGGCAUUUGCGCUGGCCAUCCGAGACACCGCAUCCUAUGCUCGCCAGAUGAUGUUCACAACCACGCUCCUCAUCGUCUUCUUCACUGUCUGGAUCAUUGGUGGAGGCACGACCCCCAUGCUGUCAUGGCUUAACAUAAGAGUUGGCGUCGAGGAGCUGUCCGAAGAGGACCAGAACGAACACCGCUGGCAGUACAUCAGAGUUGGUGUUGACCCAGAUCAGGACCCACCACCCAACAACGACAGCUUUCAAGUCUUACAAGGGGAUGGUCCAGAUUCUGCCAGAGGAAACCGGACAAAGCAGGAGAGUGCGUGGCUGUUCAGGCUGUGGUACAGCUUUGACCACAAUUACUUGAAGCCCAUCCUCACACACAGUGGCCCCCCGUUGACCACCACGCUCCCAGCCUGGUGUAGCCUGCUUGCUCGGUGUCUGACCAGUCCCCAGGUGUACGACAACCAAGAGCCGCUGAGAGAGGAAGACUCGGAUUUCAUCCUGACCGAGGGCGACCUCACCCUGACCUACGGGGACAGCACAGUGACUGCGAACGGCUCCUCAGGCUCCCACACGGCCUCCACGAGCCUCGAGGGCAGCCGGAGAACCAAGAGCAGCUCGGAGGAGGUGCUGGACCGAGCCCUGGGAGCAGGAGACCAGCCGGUGUCAAGCCGGGGCACGCGCCUAGUGUUCCCCCUGGAGGAUAACGCGUGACU